AUGAAUAAAACUAAUAACAGUAUAAAAGAUUUAUAGCUUAGACUUCUUAUUUCUGAAUCUGAAAAGUAAGUGGCUGUCUAGAAAUUAAAUGAUUUAAAGCGUAGUGAGCGAACUAAACCCAGUUUAUCCUUAUUUGCACCAUCCAAAGAUUAAGCUAAAAGAAAGGAUAAAGUGGGUAAAUUGCUAAUAGAUUUAAUGAAUUUGAUUGCUACUAACAAUUCCCUACAAUGCAUGCUUGAAAUUAAUUCUUUAGAGAAUAUGAUGAAAAUAUUUGAUUAAGGAAAAUGCUAUAAACUCCUCAAGAAGAUUAUAAAGCCCUUUACUUUGCUAAUCACAUAUUUAUUAAAUACAAAUAUCACAGAAACUUUGAGUGUGAGAAGUGAAAAUUAAACUCUUCAACAUCUUAGUAAUUAUAAUUCAGUUCAAGCUGGAAUUCAAACUCCAAUGUCUUAAGUGAUAACAAUCAAUUCUAAUAAUAUGCACAAUCACAAAACUUCAUUUCCCAGCUCCAUAGCUUUUAAGCCUCCUAGCGAAGCUACUACUCCAGAGAAAAGUGUGAAGCAAGCUCCAAUUUCAUAACCAUAAUAAAAACAAACAAUAUCACAACAUAAAGGCAUAGGGAAAACACAAAAGCCUGUAUCAAGAAGGACAGCCACUACUAGGAUGAAUACUUGUGGAGAUUGA